GGAGAUGGGCCAAAUGAUCCCAACCCAAGAAUGUUGAGGGCCAACAUGGCUGCAAAGAACAGUGGGGGUCAAAGAAGCGUAAAAGGAACGAUUCCGUUCGCUACAAGAAGACCCGCAGGUGGGAAUCCUCAAAAGGAACAAGCCCAGGCUUCCCAGCCAGCAGCAGAAGAACCACCUAUCACAGUAGAGGGUGAUGAGGAUGAGGAUGAGAAAAUUAGGGAGGAAGAAGAAAGGCAGGUGGAGAUAAGGGCUAAGAGAAGGAAAGGCGAAGCUAAGGAAGGAAGAUCAARAGGGGAUACGGGACCAAGCAAGAAGAGAAAGUACCAAACCUCGAUCGAAGAAGAGGUGGAUCUGGAAGACCUGGUGAAUAAACUACUGGAAGGGCAUAAUGAACUAUUAAACCUGAAAGAAAUCCUCGCUUCAGCUCCUAAGUUAAGAGAGAUGGUGAAGGCUAGGUUAUCACGCCGGAGAGUAGUCUCGGUCCGGAUGGGGGAUUUGAUUCCCAAAGAGGCAAACUGGAGUGUGGCAGGGAGUAAAAUGGACUGGAAAUUCGUAGGCACAGGGUCCAUUGAUGUUAUGAUAAAAGGAAAGAUGUGUCCUGGGAUGAUUGAUAUCGGGGCAGAAAUGAAUACUGUAAAGGGAGAAACCGCGGUAAAAUUUGGGUUGGAGGUGGAUAAGAAUGAUUGCGGGUUCCUCAACGGAGCCAGCGGCAAGACCGGAUACACCGGUGUCGCAUCAAAUGUGGUCAUAGAAAUAGGAAGAGUCAAGAGGGCUGGAGUCAACCUGCGAUUUUUCCUACGAGACCUUGAGGAGUACGUAUUCAGGAGAGAAUGGGGUGACAGGGAGAAGAUUGCGAAUGUGAGAGGAGCAGGAAUAUACAAGAAGAAGAUUGAAGGAGUAGUGGCAGGAUGCACGAGGUGGAAGGUAUGCAAGGUGAGGCUAUGGAGAGACAUGGGGGAAUUUCCAAGGGAUGAUGUGGAGGAUGACUUGAGGUUCGAUGGAACCAACCUGGAGGACUUUGUUGAGAGCUUGCAGCUGACCGCUGAGAGGGGCGAAUGGAGCGAGGAGGAAAAGCGAAAGCAGUUGAUCGCAAGAUCAGACAAAGGCGAAAAGGAGGAAGUAAGAGAAAUUGUGGAAGGAAGUCGGACUUGGAAAAGGAUAACGGCAGAAUUGUGGAUGACCUACACCCAGGCCAGGCAAGAUCAGAUAAAGAAGGAAAGACUGCAAAAGAAGGGGCUAUGGAUUGGAAGAGAAGUGACUGAGUCGCAGGGGAAGGAAAAAGAGAAUGAAGAAGAGGAUAAUGAAGAGGAGAAGGCAGCAGAGGGCAGGAGAAGAAGCAUGGGGGCCAGUAUGGUAUCAAGGAAGAAGAAACUUGGAAAGAAAAUGGCAAUUGAGAGUGGAAGGAAAGAAGUACAAGAAAGGGUGAGUGAAGAGGGGGAAGGAGUAGAAGAAGCUGAAGAGGGAAAGAAGGUCCAGGGAGGAGGCAAGGUUCCCAAAGUCAAGAGAACUGAGGGAAAAAGGCCGAUUGGGGACAAGGAAGAGACAAGUGGGAUAGGAAAGAAGGAAGAGGAGAAGGAUGGUCAAAUGGAGAAAUUGAUGAGAGAUAUGGAAGAAAUGAGGAAGGAAGUGAGGGAAUUGAAGAAAGAGAAGGAGGAAUUGCAGAAAGAAAUGAGCCAAUUGAAGGUCACCCUGAAUGUGUGGAGCAGAGAAUUGGAAGAGGAAGUGGCCACAAGAGGUAAGAUGGAAAUAAGGGUGGAUGGUCUGGUUUCUGAGGUCAAUGUGCUAGGACAGGACUUUGACAAUGAGAUCUCAGAAAGAAAGAAGUUGGGACAAGAAUGAGAGAAAAGAUGGGAAGAGAUAUUGAGAGGAAUGAAGGAAUUCAGAUUGA